AUGGCACUUAUUUCUACCAAGGAGGAAAUGAAAAUCAUUUGGCGCGAUUCAGCCGAUGCAGCUAUUUACGAAGACGCUCGAGUCGGCCGUGUGUUCAACCAACGGCGACCGCAGAGGUUCCCCCUUGCGGUGGUAAAAGCUACCUCCCAGGAUGAGAUUAAAGCUGCAGUGAAACUAGCCAUUGAAAAGAACUGUCGUGUCGCCGUCCGCUCGGGGGGCCACUCAUGGGCUGCUUGGAGUGUGCGAGACCAGUCGAUUUUGAUUGAUCUGGGUAACUACAAGGGAUUCGAAGUUGACCAAGAAAAUCGUUUGGUGCGAGCAACUCCUAGUGUGACGGGCAAGGAGCUGAAUGGAAGACUUAUUUCGGAAUAUGGUCUUAUGUUCCCCGGAGGACAUUGCCCAGAUGUAGGAUUAGGAGGAUUCCUGCUUCAGGGGGGCAUGGGAUGGAAUUGUCGGGUAUGCCUCAUGGAACGUCUCCUUCCCAAAUUCAAUAACAGCACUGAUAUUGAUGAUCUCUGGCAGAAUUGGGGUUGGGCAUGCGAGCGAGUAAGGGCUGUCGAUGUUGUGACAGCUAGUGGUGAGCUGGUACGAUGUACUCCGGUCGAGAACCCCGAUCUUUAUUGGGCGGCUCGCGGAGCAGGACCAGGAUUUCCUGGUAUUGUAACCAUGUUUCACCUCGAAUUACUACCUUAUCCAGCUGGUGGGUUUCGUUCCUCGGGGUAUAUCUAUCCUUCCCAUAUGUACCGUGAGGUGUUCGACUGGGUACUUUCCAUUACGCCGGGAUUUGAUGAAGAUACGGAAAUAGUUUUUGUUUCAAAGUAUGCCGAAGACAGUAACCAGCUGUGCAUCCUAGUCCUCUUCGUGACCAUGAAAAACAGUCCCAAAGAAGCUGAAAAUGCUCUCAUCAGUGCUCAGGAAACACGACCCGGAGGUUGCAUCGAAGAAUGGUUCUGUCAAGUGGAUAGUCUUGAUAAUCAAUAUAUUGCUCAAGGAAAAGCCAACCCUGAAAAUCACCGGUAUUGUUGCGACAACGCCUACAUUGACAAUAACGCGGAUGUACCAGCGGUUCUUCAGGACGCCUUUCUUACACUGCCCCAUCGUAAGGCUUUUACCCUCUGGUACGCAAUGAACCCCUGCAGUCGCCGUAAGCUGCCGGAUAUGGCGCUUAGUAUGCAAUCGGAUCACUAUUUCGCGUUGUACACAGUGUGGGAAGAUGAGGCAGACGACGAAAGAUGCCAGAAAUGGGUCCAUGAGAUCAUGAGAACUGUCGAAUCGCACUCGGUUGGUGCGUAUCUAGGCGACUCAGACUUUCAAGUUCGUCAGACACGAUAUUGGGCAGAUGAGAAUGCUAAGCGCCUGAUGAACAUCCGGCGUAGAUGGGACCCGCAGGGUCGGAUCUGUGGGUAUCUUGAUGCCGGGGAUGUAUCUGGAGUGAACGGAUUAACCAACGCGAUCGAUUAA